UUAGAGUAUUAGACUAAUCAGAUAAGAUACACUACAUUGUACAAGUAACAAGGUAUCUACACAAUCUACUACAUAGAUCUAGAUCUAUAAUCUAUAUAGACUCUAGGACACACUAGGUCUAGUAUUUAGUAGUAUAGUUGACAUAAAUCUAGAGAUACAGACCUAACUCUAACAGUGUUAGAAUCUAGUAACACUUAAACACAUUAAAAAAAUGCCAAGAAAAGAUUUGAUAGCAAUUGAUGGGAGUGAUCAAGCUCAAUAUGCUUUUGACUGGUACCUAAAAAAUAUGUAUAGAGACGGUGAUUCAGUGGUUAUUGCUCAUGUGGCUGAAUACAACAUUGAUAUUGGCAUACCCGGUCGUGGUGCUGAUGUUGAAGCUAUAUGUGCAGCUGUUAAAAAGAAGAAUGAUGAAAUUGGAUAUUUGACUGACACAUUUAUGAAUACUUUGAGAGCAAAGCAUGUGCCUGCCAAGCUUCUGAAUUUGCAAGGGGAAAAGCCUGGAGAGGUAAUUGUCAAAGCUGCUAAAGAUGAAAAUGUUUCAUCUAUUGUCUUGGGCACUCGUGGCUUGGGCACAAUACGUCGAACAUUGCUAGGGAGUGUGAGCGAAUAUGUUGUACACCAUGCUUCGUGCCCUGUUACUGUUGUCCGCCUUCCUAAUAAUAAUUAGACUCCUUGAAAUAUUAUAUUGUUAUUUUUGUUUACACUUACUUAAACUAUUUUUAAAAAUCUACUUGUUGAAUAUGAACAGACAUAUUGCACAAAACAUGCAUUUUUUAAAAACUCAAUUAUGUAUUUACAAGGCAUGAGACAUUGCACAUUUAUUUUUAUUUCUAACUUUCCUUUAAACAAAUUUUUUACUGAGAUGUAAUUAUCUCGUAUUAUUUAAAAUAUAUUAAAUCAAAAAUAAUUAGCUGUAUCUACUUUAUAUUGCUACGAAAGCAUCCAUUGAGCUUUACAGCAUUUUUGUUUUAUUUAAUUCUUUGCUUUAAAGAUCAUUGGGUCUUAUCAUGAGAAACAUUUUCUUAUUUUUUCUUGUUAUAAACUAAAUUAUUCCAGAGAGCUGACAUAAGCCAUUUUUUGUCUUUUCAUGAAAAAUGACAUUUAACUUGCAUUUACUUUAGAAAAAUCUUUUAUUUUUUAAUUGGCAUUUAUUUCUGUCCAUUUUUUUUAAUUUUUUUUUUUUGUUGUAAAAAAUAAAACAUUUAAUGCAAUGUUUUUUUACUAUCUUUUAUGCUUUUGCGAUGUUUUGUGUGAAUGUUACAUUGAAACAUUAUAAUUUAUUGCUGCUUACCAACAUGAAUGCUUUAUAGAACCACCAAGAACAAUUUAGUUUUGGGCAUUUUUAAGCCUAAAAGCACAAAUAUGGUUUUGAACAUUCCAAUUUAAUUACCAGCAUUUAAACUGCAUUUAUUUCAUAAUAUACCACAAAAUUUGAACCACUACUCACUGUUUUAAUGCUGGUUACUUUUUAAAAUUUCCACUUAGUAGCUUCAGUUAUAGGCCAACUGUGAUCUGGAACUUGUUCCAUUGCUAGAGAUUUUAGACUGUGAUUACCACAAAAUAUUUUAUAUUCAGAUCUGAUUUAUGUUCUGAGGUCACAUGAUUUUUUUUUUACUACCUUUGUUAAUUCUUAUUUUCCAUUGGAAUGUCUGUAAAUUCAGAUGAAGCAACUAAGAAGUGUGUGUGUGUAUAUAUAUAUAUAUAUAUAUAUAUAUAUAUAUAUAUAUAUAUAAUGUUGUAGAAAAUAGGCAAUAUAUAAACAGAACAAAAUAUAUAUAUACAUGUAUGUUUUUACUUUUUGACUCAGUUUUGUUUUUAUGUUUACAAAAUAUAUGUAUUUAAUUCAUGAUCAAGAUUAUGUAACAAUACCUGAAAAAACAUGGUGUGGUUGGUGGUUGAUUGGUAAAGAGCUUGGUUUCUGAAUCAAUAGGUCUUGAGUUCAAAUUCAUAAUAAUGACUGAACUUUGAAAUUUUUAGGAACACCCCUGAUAUUAGUUUGGUGGGAAAGGUGGUUGGUUGUUGUGCUGGACACAUGACACCCUUGUUAACAGCUGGCCAUAAAAUCAAUAAAUGGCACUUAUGACGAGCCAGUUACAGCCUUUUUAAUACAAAUGUGAACUUUAGAACUUUAUUUUAAGGACUGCACACAUUGAGAUGUCCACUAGUAGUUCUCCAAUGUUUGAAUCAUGGUUAGAUUUAUUUUUCCACAUUCUGAGUCCUAAUAAACUAUAUUAUCAAGUU